AUGGCGCCUUUCUCCUCGAGUGAUAUCCCAGACCUCAGCAACCAGGUCAUCAUUGUCACUGGAGGUAAUGUUGGUCUUGGCUUCGAAACCAUCCGGCAGCUCAGCCAACACAAUCCAGCCCGCAUCUACCUGGCUGCUCGGUCUCAGGAAAAGGCGGACAAAGCGAUCCAGGAGCUCAGGCAUGCCAGCCCCACGGCCAGCGAUAUUGUCUUCUUGAAACUCGAUCUUGCCUCAUUCGACAGCGUCAAAGCUGCUGCGGCAGAGUUCCUCAAUCGAGAAACCCGCUUGGAUAUUCUCGUCAACAAUGCCGGCAUCAUGAUGACACCCGAGGGACUCACAAAAGACGGGUACGAAAUCCAAUUCGGAACCAAUGUUCUCGGCCCUGCUCUUUUCACACAGCUUUUGCUUCCAAUCUUGCGCAGUACUGCCAAAGUCAACAAGCAAACUCGUGUAGUUAUGCUCUCUUCAGCUGCUCACGCCCGAGCCCCUACGGACAUUUACAAGUUUGACGAGUUCCGAACAACCAUGUCCGACCGAGCGACGACUCAGAGAUACACCAUCUCCAAGCUCGCCGAUCUUCAUUAUUCCAAGGCUUUGGCUGAGCGAGAAAAGGAAGUCAAGAUCAUCCCUGUCCACCCAGGAAUGGUAGCCACUAAUCUUCACCAUGCCUCGACCGGAUUCUUCCUCAAGCCGUUCCUUAACGUUGCCAUAAUGUUUGCAACUCCUGUAGAGAAGGGUGCUCUUUCUCAGAUCUACACAGCUGUGAGCUCCGAUGCGAAGAGCGGACAGUACUAUGGUCCUAUUGGCAAAACUGAAACCGGCUCCAAACUCGCUCAGAAUCAUGACCUUCAGGAAGGGAUGUUUGGGUUUAUCCAAAAGCAGCUGGAGGGGCAUGUUGAAACGAUUGUGUGA